GUUAGCUGAACACAAGGACAGCCUGUCAUCACAAGCAGCGCCCUUAUCUCCCACCGUCCCACAGGUGUAGAGCUCAGUCCACCCUCUCCCGAAAUGACAGCAGCAGCUCUGCGCCUCUGCGUCCUUCUCGCACUCCAGCUGAGAUGCGUCACCCCGCUGGUGAUCCCGCAGCACAGAGGGACGGCGGGGAAGCAGGACGGGUUGGAUGCCACAAAUACAGCGAGUCAGAAGCUGGAUGCGUUGUUCAGUCUGAACAUUUUACCCCGUGGAUCGGCGGCGGCUCCUCGGAAGAAAGCGCCUCAGUUUAUGCUGGAUCUUUUUAACGCGGUGUCAGUUUCCGAUGGGACCCUAAAAAGCCAGAAGGAGAUUCUGGAGGGAAACAUUGUGCGGAGUUUUGAAGACAAAGGUCAUGCUGGAGAGAGAUUUCACUUCUUCAACUUGUCGUCUUUCGGCAGAGAGGAGAGGAUGAUCAAAGCGGAGUUCCGCUGGUUCAGAAAGAAACAGAAGUUUUACCUCGGAAAGUCACACGGCCCACAUUUCUAUAAGGUGGAUCUAUAUGAGGUGCUGGACAGCAGAGUGAAGCCAUGGAGAGGAAACCUCAUCACCUCCAGACUGGUGCCCCUGUACACACAAGGAUGGGAAGUCUUCAAUGUUACUCAAAUGGUAUCUAAGUGGAUCCGGAACAGUCAGGAGAACAACGGCAUCCUGGUGGUGACAACACUUCCAUCUGGUAACUGGAUGGAUUCAGUGGUGCCUUCAUCUAAACAGAAUGCAGAGCUGUCAGACACAAAUGCCUACUUGGUUAUAUUCUCAGACGAUGGGAGGACAGCAGCAUCAAACCAGUCAUACCUGGCUCAACCAGCUGCAGCAGUACCUGAUCCUCACCACAUCCGCAGCAGGAGGCGACGUGCAUCUUCAGGUUUCGUGCCCCACGGCCGCUCCCAGUCCUGCCAGCGGGUUCCCCUCUUUGUUGACUUCGACGAGAUCGGCUGGUCGGGCUGGAUCAUCUCUCCACGCGGAUACAACGCCUACCACUGCAAAGGCUCCUGCCCGUUCCCUCUGGGCGGAGGCCUCAGAGCCACCAACCACGCCACGGUGCGCUCCAUCAUGCACGCCCUGAAGCUCUCCAGCGAUGAAGUGGGAGCUCCCUGCUGUGUGCCUGACAGACUCCAGUCUAUCAGUCUGUUAUAUUUUGACGAUGAGGAGAACGUGGUUUUGAAGCAGUAUGACGACAUGGUGGCGUUAAGCUGCGGCUGUCAUUGACUGGAUGAGUCUCCUGUAUGAACGCAGUGUCACAACAACAUACACUACCGUUCCAAAUUUGGGGUUACUUAGAAAUGGCCUUAUUUUUUGAACAAAAAGCAUUUCUUUUCCAGUGACGAUAACAUUAAAUUAAUCAGAAACACAGUGUAGAUAUUGUUAAUGAAGUAAAUGACUAUUCUAGCUGGAAACGGUUGAUUUUUAAUGGAAUAUCUCCAUAGGGGUACAGAGGAACAUUUCCAGCAACCAUCACUCCUGUGUUCUAAUGCUACAUUGUGUUAGCUAAUGGUGUUGAAAGGCUAACUGAUGAUUAGAAAACCCUUGUGCAAUUAUGUUAACACAUGAAUAAAAGUGUGAGUUUUCAUGGACAACAUGAAAUUGCCUGGGUGACCCCAAACUUUUGAACGGUAGUGUACGGAAGAGCUAUGUUGGUUUACAGCACAGAAUAUCUGUUACUCAAGGCUGGAAGAUUGUGAGAUACCUAUAUUUUUUUUGGCUUGUACUUCUCUUAUGGCCAUGUGAGUGUCUUGUCCCAUGAAACACAUGGCAAGUUUCUUUAGUUUUACACAUAAAAAAAUAGCAACAUAACUGCAUUUAGCGGCAACAACCAAACACAGGACUUUCACUCAGGAGACUAGAGUUUGAGUCCUGUGUUGGGCCAUUGUUUUAUCCUGCUACAUUUUGUUUGUGUUAGUUGCCAUUUUUGUCACUAUUUUCAGUCAGUAUUUGCUUUGGUUUAUGCUACAAAGCUACUUAGAUUACGUUUAGACACUAUAGGUCGUAGUUUGGUUUAAAACACACAAUAACAAGCCCCCGAAAAACUUACGAGUCUCACAAUUUCACUGCUUUUUUGGCGAAAAUAACAUAUUUGGUACUGUGGACCAGUGUGGAUGUCACACAUUUUGGCUUGAGACUGGGCUGCCUCUACUCUUGAACACUGGGGCUGUGAGGGAUGUGAUAGUGAUGGUUCGCUGUAUUUUUGUGCAUAUGUUUAAAUACUGUAUCAUUAUUAAAAGAUGUGCAGCUAUUAAUCACUGACCCUUUGUAAUCUAAGGAUUCCAAGCUAUUUUGUUUCUGAUUUUUAAUUGAAAAAAUACCUAAACAUAUGCAAAUAGAGCCAAACAAUUUGGACAACUCUCUCAGUUCAGUGACUGUCCAUGUUGUUUACACAGCAUAGGAAGUCCCAUUAAAUGUACAUUUUUUUCCCCUGUAACAAAGUGUGAUUAUAUUCUACUGGGGCUACAACAAAUAAGUACUUUCUUAUUUGUCAAUUUAACUGUUUGGCCUUUAAAAUAUGAAUAAUGGUGGUGGAAAAGGGUCCAUCACCAGUACAGCCUCUGGCUUGUAUCGUCCGGUUUUUCUUACUUAUUGUAGUAGGGCAGACACAGACAUGAAAGCAGCACAAAAGCGGCCAGAAACUUUCUUUUUUGUGUCUUUACAUUGUCUGACCAAAAGGUGGCAGCAGAGAGGUAUAGCUGAAACAUAGACUGUACUUUGUUUAUUCUUCUCUGUAUUUAAGAAACUUAUUUUCAAUUUCAUUCCAUUUUAAUUUCAUAUCACAGUAGCUACAGUUUAACCCGAAAUUAUUUACAACUGUGACAACUUUUGAUUUACAGUUAAUUUUGUUAGAAUUGUUCAUUAUAAUAUUUUUUAUUUUUCAAUUUCCACAA